GUCGUUUUCCCCGCUAGAGCGAUCAUUCGGACGCCAUUUUCAGGGGAGGGGAAAAAUCACAUUCUGGAAAAGAAGUCCGUCAAAGAGACUUGUUAAGCAGUGUUUCACCCUAUAUACAUUCGCAAAGCGACCAGUGUUAAAUAAGUUUUGCGUUCAUGAAGGUCAGAAUCCGUUCCAGCGUGUACGCCAAGGCAGAUUGCCUGAACUUAUGGUUGAACAAUAACUUCAAAAUUUGAGCAAGAGGGGCCCCACUUCAGCUCAGGCACCUGUGCCACUGCUAUGGCACCAGUAGUGAACGCUCCCAAUUCUGAUAAUUAAAUAGAAUUGGUCGUUUGAAACCCCGUCCUACCACUAUCUGCAUAAAAGUGCUGUGAAGUUUCUGGCAAGAUGUCAAAGUGAUUCCAGUUGGUUGCCGGAAACCCCCAUUAAUCAGCUGGAAUCUUGAUGGAGACGGUAAGAUCUCUCCCACUGCCAUCUCACAGCCCUGCAGCUAGCAGUCCACGAGUCAACACAAUGCCAUCCAGUUAUGGACAGACUCCAACCAGGCUGCCCUCUCAAUCUACUUCGGGACCAUUACCGAUUGCUCACAUUGGAAGUUCUGAUUCCUUUUCUUCUUGUAGACCUCCUGUUCGACCUAUGCUGGAUGGAUCACCAUACAAAAUGAGGUCCAUGCCUGUGGCAGCUGGAGUCAACAGUGGCUUGAGUCUGGUGCCAUCAGCUCAUUUAUUGCAAACGAGUCACGUAGGUCCGGCUACCGAACCUGUUACGCCUCCUCCACCUCAGGUCUCCCACUCGAACUUGUCGCAGGUGGCCCGUGCACAUCCGUACGCUGCCGCUCUCCCUGCGGCUCCAUUGCCUCCAAACAGCAGCGCCAUGGAACGUUAUUCUUCUGGCCAGUCAUCGAUGCCUUCAUCAUCGGGGAUUUAUUCCAGUUCGCCCACUUAUAGUAGGGCCGAGCCCGCUGUUUUCCCUUUGCGAUCGCCACCCGAUCGUUCUGGGGAAUUCCGUAGACGUCUUACCCUUUUGCCAUACUCCGGACUGUCACCCAUGGACUAUGGCGGAGGUCCACCUGGGCUGAGUGGCCCUGGACCAGGAGGUGGAGGCAACAGCGGCGUUGGUGUUGUUAGUGGUGCUGCUUUAGGGGGUAGUAGCGGAGGAAACAGUGGAAGACAUCAUACCCUGACUGGACACCCUUCUCAGAUGGCAUAUUCAACAGCUCCGAUGGAAUCCUAUCGUGAACCGUUGAUGUUGCCCAUUGCCCCCGCCGUGGCUAGCGCGAACGAAUCUGCGCACAAAAAGUUGCGCAUCAGUGAUGGCGAGCCACUGUUAAUGAAAGCCACUUUGGCCCAGCCGUUGCGAAUCGACACGCGGCCCGUUUCGGCUUUGGCGCCUUUGAAUACAGGCCCUCAGAUUGUACCCGUGCAUCGCGAGUCACAACCAGCCUACAUCCCACAGGUAGAAGCCAUCAGCCCAACUCUUCCUGGUGAUGGCGAGGACCCGCUCAAAAGGGACGAUUCACCUUUGCGUUCCACGAAAGAUGAACUUUUAAAGCAAAUCACAAAGGUGGAUGGUGAAAUAGCAAAGGUGGAAAAUAACAUAACCAAAUUGAAAAAGAAGCAACAAGAUCUAGAAGAGGCCGCCAAGAAGCCUCCGCCGGAGCAUGGUGAAUUAAGAACACAAGGAACAGGACCCAAGAACCAAAGCGUCGCUCAGCUUAUCUACGCUGAGAACCGUCGGAAAGCGGGCGAGGCGCACAAGAUGCUUGCGUCGUUGGGUCCAGCAAUAGACCUUCCUCUCUACCACCAGCCGUCCGACACAGCCGUGUACUUACGCAAUCGGACGCAGUUUCAGGCUUUUCGGCCGAGGUUGUUGAAGUUUUUACGGCGUCGCCAAAAAGAGAAAGAGGGUCGCCACCGCUAUCUGAUGAAGACUUACAACAAAUGGAUGAACGAGUGGGGCAAGCGAGUUAGCGACCUUGAGAAGGCCAACAACGUCCUUUCCGUUGUAGCCACCGGGGCAACUGUUGCUGCAACGACGACUGUUGCAAUUACCUCGGCUGGCAGCAGCACAUCAACUGCUGCUCCUACUGCAUCCGGCGUUACGCAGCCAAACUCGGUCUUUGGACGGAAGAAGGAGCGAGAGUUUUAUGAGAAGGUAUUCCCAGAGUUGCGUAAACAAAGGGAAGAUCGGGAAAGGUUCAGCCGAGUGGGAUCGCGAAUUAAAUCGGACGCAGAUCUGGAGGAGAUAAUGGAUGGCCUUCAAGAACAAGAGAACGAAGAUAAAAAGAUGCGGUCAUUAGCUGUGGUACCACCGGUAUUACUAGACUCUCGGGAACGACGGUUGUGCUUUGAUAAUCGUAAUGGCUUGGUUGAGGAUCCCAUGGCUGAAUACCGCGAACGUCCGUUACUGAACGUUUGGACUGAACAGGAAAAAGAGAUUUUCAAGGAAAAGUACCUGCUGCAUCCAAAGAAUUUUGGAUCAACUGCCUCGUACCUUGAGCGCAAAUCAGUGGCAGAUUGCGUCCAAUUCUAUUAUCUCUCUAAGAAGACAAUCAACUACAAGCAGCUGCUUCGUAAAACGAAGAUGAAGAGAAAUACGAGAGCGAUGCAAAAACCAAAUGCUGCUGCCGCCGCCGCUGCAGCGGCGGCUGCGGCUGCUGCGGCCGCUGCUGCUGCUGCCGCUCAGAAUCAAAGUCAAUCGAUAAACGAUGCGCCCGGUACUGGAGUAACGACACGCCUUCAACGAGAGCAGCUGAUGCGCCAGGAAGCCAUCACUACGACCUCUAGUUUUAGCCAAUCGACUGCCACAACCACCUCCGCUACGUCGGCGUUGAAUAGCAGCAGUACGACGACAACGACCACCUCUUCAUCUUCCGUAACUGAAACGACAAUUGUUUCUGCUGCUCCCUCGAUAGCAAAUUCCAGUACCCCCGCACAGCCUGAACCUACUCCGACUGCCACAUCCGAAUCGGCUUCUUACAACAACAAAAGCCCCAAAGGAGAAAACAGCUGUGACAGUACUGAGGACGAUGACGAUGAAGAAGAUGAGGAAAACGGAUUAACUUCUGCCAGCGCUUUCGGCACCGGCGGCCCUCAUCCCUGUGUUGUGUGCAAAGCUGUUUUGGAGCACCACGGCCAGAGUAGACCCUUGCCUAAACAUCAAGCUUCCCAAUAUGGAUUAGCGGAAGUUGAUGUCAAUGCCGAGGCACGAGUUUGUAGCGCUUGUCGUUGUCGUGUUGUGAGAAGACGCAUCGUCCAAUGUCCUCUACCCACAUGCCCGACUGCGAAAAGGCGAGUGAAGCGUUUGCGUCCAUUACCAAACAAAUGGAACGAAAUCCCGGCCGAUAUCCGAACUGCGUUGGAGAAUGAAUUUCAGAUCGGACAAGACAUGCCCAAAUGCUGUUCGACUUGUUGCAAUCGCAUCAGCCGCAAAUUAGCUGCGCUUACUGGGCAAGCGCCCACCGGUCAAACCGAAGGCUCGAGUAUUGCAUCUGAAUCGGUUCAAGACGAAACGAAUGCGCCGAGAACAGAGGAAAGCAGCGUAACAUCGGGUCCACCAGCGGGGAAUUCUGUCGUUGUCGAUGUCAAGCCCGAAAUAGCUCCAAAUAGAGAAGAAGGUCCAGUGGUGGAGGAGAAAACGGUUCGCCAGGAACCGCAGAUUUUGCCUCCUCAUCCGCUGACGAUGGUGGAGCCGCGUCCUGUGGCCAGAAUCAUUCAACCUGUUGGUGCAGACAACUCAGAAACGGACAGUGCCGAUGAAAUGGGGGCCAGUCAGAAUGCGGCAGCCGAAGCUCAAGCCAACAACAACAACAUCAACCCGCAUGCCAAUGUCAGUCGCAGUAACGGCAAUAUUGGACAGGUAUUGAUCGAUGUUAUUCUGCCAUCGAAAAGACAAGUCCCGAGAAUAUCUUUGUUACAGGAGGCCUUGACCGUGCGAGAUUUAGUGUCUAAUGUCAUUGAGAGUCACUUGAAACGAUCUGAUCUUCAGCACAUGUCUGCUCCGCUCGGCGUUGGCUCCCCCGUUUACCCGCCGGGACCGUCGGAAUCGCCGACCAUCACGUCCAUUCUGAAAGAUUCUCAGCGUAAUUACGCAGUUGGUCGAAGUAGUGCGCCGUUGACGAUCGUCACCAAUACGGCGCCCACUCAGUCGCCACGUUUGAUGAUGUCGCAACCUCACGAUAUGAAGCAGCAAACGAUCCUCGUUAUCGAUCAGCCUCAAACUUCUCAUUCAGCCCGAAGGUCAUCUCCGUACCCACCUCCUGCCGUUAUGGGACAGAUGUCACAUCCGGGAAAAGCCCCUCUUGGUCCCAAUGACGAGUACAGUGCCAGUCUCCCACGCGAAGGUUUGGCAUUCCACCAAGUUCAGCAGACGAUGCGUGACUUUGAGCGUGAGCGAGCGCGGAUGAACCGUGACGUUGAGGGUCAAACUCUUGACUUGUCGAUGCCCAAAAAGCGUGAUAAUAAGGAUUCACUAAUGCCGCCGAAUCCAUCGGCGCAAGGGCCGUCUUACGGUCUUAGUGUGUCGCCUUAUGCUCCCCCUCCACCAGCUCACUCGAAGACGAGCAAAGAACAACAACAGCAGCAGCAGCAGCAGCAACAACAACAACAACAACAACAACAGCAGCAUUAUCGGGGCCCUCCUGGUUCGGCAGGUAUCGACCCAAUGGCUGGAUAUUCGGCUGGCAUGAGAGCUCCAGCUCCUUACCCACCCAGAUCGACUCCACCCGCUCCCAAUUCUUCAAGACCACCAGCUGGCUCAAUUAUGCAGGGCACUCCGCUCUCUAUCUCGUCGCCGUCUACAAAUUCCUUACCAGUGCAGCUGCAAAUACCGAGAACGGAUGGGUUGAUACGCCCUACCGUCCAAGGUCGUGAAUCAUUGACGGGUUCCAUUACACAGGGUACGCCCAUUACUGUGAAAGAUCUGGAGACGAGAUCGGGUUUGCCACAAAGUGGGUCCCAUUCUUCUCAUCCUGCUUAUGAAGCCUAUUACCGAGGUAUGCCAACGCCUCAACAACAGCAGCAGCAGCAACAACAGCAACAACAACAACAGCAGCAACAACAUCAGCAGCAGCAGCAACAACAACAGCAGCAGCAACAACAAGCCGGUCCACCCCGACUUCCGUAUCAACCCGACCCACAGUCAUAUUCCAGACAGAUGAUCCUCAGCAAUGAUUAUCUGUUAUCGCAACAAAUGGCAGAUCGAAAUCGCGGUGGAAGGGAUCGAGAACUACUCGGAGGAUCUUUACAACCUCAAAUGCCCGUCACCUCGAGACCAAACGAUCGACAACCUCCGCCUCCCCCUUCUCACCCAGCGUAUCAACACAGACCUCCGUCGCCCAUGUAUGUGCAAAAACUUCCUUCCUACGUCAUGGAUCAACACCAUGGCUACCCUUCGCAUUCGAGUGGUGGUGGACUCCCUCCUCCACUCCAACAACACCAGCCCCCACCGCAGCACCAACAGCCGCCUCAACCCCAACAGCAGAGGCAAGGAGUCAUCCAGCGAAAUUCGUCCGUGCCUUCAGCGCGCCAACCUGAUCCACGACCGUCCCCGCCCGCUCCCAACCCGUUACAGCAACAAAAUAAUCAAGGGCGGACAUCUUCGCCGGGUGGACUCCUUAAUCUGGGACCUGGAGGAGGAGGUCUCCAUUCCAGCAGCCGACCCAAUUCGAUUGUCGGUGGUGCUCCUCCCGUUUCCAUUUCUCCAAGGGGCGACUCGAUUUACGUGCACGACGCAUUCGCUUCGCUGGUCAACGCUGCCGCCGCUCAGCCGAGUCUUCCUGUUCCGGAUCGUGAUCGAAGGGAUCGUGAAAGAGAGAAGGAAAGAGAUCCAAGAGGUCAUCUGCAGUCUUUGCCCGUUUCCAGGUCAAUGCAUCCGGAUAGAAGAGAAGAAGCAAUGGAGCGAACCAUGGCGUACCAACGGGAGUCGCCUAAAAUUGCCAGCGGCCCUCCAGGACAAUCCAGUGCUGGCGGUGCGCCCGGUGGUGGUGACUCUACGCUAACGGCCGCCUCUCUCAUCGACGCCAUAAUCACCCAUCAAAUCAAUCAGUCUUCGAAUCCUAACGAUAUGGUUGUCACCAAUUCCAAAACCAGCAACGACAGCUUCUACAAUCGGUUUAGGAGGAAUGCUAGUCCUGUCGAUACACGUGGAACGAGUUUAGAUCAUCCCCGUGCUGGACACAAGGAACAACAGCGCCAUGAAGACGCACCUCCGCCAUCAUCCGGCAUUCCGCCGCAACAACGGCCUCCUUCGUCGUCUCCUUCAUUGCCCCCGCCACCGCAAGGAUCCUCAAGCAAAGCUGCUUUUACAUUAGGAGAACAUAUUGAAUCCAUCAUUGCCAAGGAUUUCCAUCAAGGAUCUGGAGGAGGAGGAAUGCCCAUGCCCGGCGAGCAAGAUUGGGGACCAGAAUGGCAACGGCGUCAGGCUGAGUUUUCGAAAUCCCGUAUGGCAGCUCCCGAGUCCUUGAUGAACGAUUACGUCAAGAGCCGUGCAGCCCUUGAUUAUGCUGCCAAAUGUCGGGCUGGCGAAGGGCAACAGAUGCAAGAUUAUGGUCUACUUCGAAGUAGUGGUGGCGGUGGAGGAGGGGGAGAACCUGAUCCUCGUCAACCCGCCAUCUCCCCCCUUGACUACGUCAAGAAAAAGAUCGUCGAAGUGAUGCGGACUUCUUCAGAUGGUGGUAUUCCAGCCGGAGGAGGAGGUGGUGGUGGAAGUUCCAAUCACGAAAUGGCGCCACCAAGUUCACCUGCUGGCCGACGUGGAAUCAGUCCAGCUCCAUCGCCCAACAAAAGACCACGCAUGAACGAGGAUGAAAGAGGUGGACCCUCUCCAGUUGUACCGCAUUAUAUUUCAACACCUUAUCCAUCCAUGGGUUAUCCAUAUUCUAUCCAGCCUAACGUCCCCAUGAGCAGCAGCGCUCCAACUGCCGUCACCUCCGCAUCGACCAGUUCGACUGGCAACCAAACAACAGGCCAGCCAGUUGUUUUGCUAUCCUCUCAAUAUGAACCUCUCUCAGAUGAAGAUUGAUGAAAACGUAACAAAAAAAAAAUAUAUUUAAAAAAAUUUGAAAAAAAAAACUUUAAAAAAAAAACUAAAUAACAAAAACAAAAAAAUCUAAUAAUAAGCACGCUCUUCUUCUUUCCACUGAGCUUUGUAAUUGGCUCUUUUGACGGCCAAUACAAGGAACUGGAUGCUGAACAACGGAUCGCUUUGUUUCAGGUACUCAAAUGAGUUGUUUCAAUCCAGCAACUGAAUUCUAAAACAAAGCUACACCCCUCCCCCAUCAUCAUCCAACAUCGUCUCUACUCCUUUGCCUGUUAACUUUAUGUGGUUCGUUCAUCAUCAUGUUGUCUUUGAAUUGGCUGAUUCUUUCUCGAAUCAUCCGCAACCUUUCCGAUAAGGUGUUGACUCGUUUUUUUUUUGGUUUCUACUUGCCCAUAUUUUUUUUUGGUAUGUAUGUGUGUUUUUGAAUGACUUUUGAAAGUCUGUAUGUGUGUGCAUGCGUGUACCGCAAAGCGUUUUGUCAUUGAUAACUGGAAGAAAAAGGAAUCUUGGAUGUACAUUAUGUGUGUAUAUUCUGUUGGAUUUGGGACACAGGAGUGAAUCGGUUCCAAUACAUGACCGACAUUUUUUACGUGA